AUGGCGGGCAUCACAGCCAUUGAGGAGAGAGGAAACUACUCCAGCCUGCAGGACUUCACAGAUCAGCUGACACCUGGAGGGAACAGGCCCUUUCUCGAACACACAGCAACAGUGUGCUCCCAGGGACUGAAGCGGGGCAUUGGGUGUUUGAGGAGUCAGGCAGCUCUCCUGAUGGUUAUUGGCUUUUUGGCCUCAAUCUACGCCAACGUCGUACUCACUGUACUCUUGAUUGGCAUGCUGUUGCCAGGUGCUUCCCUGGAUUCUUCAUCUCUGGGUUUGAACUUCACCUCGGUUCAAAGACGUAACAUCCAGCUGUGUGAUGACAACGCCGCCCUGGGACAGAGCUGUUCAAAGACAGUUAAGCAGUGUAGGGAUUGUCCUGAAGGAUGGCUUCAUCUUGGGGAUCAGUGUUAACACUUCAGCAGUGACAAGCUGUACUGGCUGAACAGUAGAGAGGGCAGCCAUCUUACCAUACUGCACACUAUAGAACAGCAUGUGAGAGUGUUAAAAUAAGCCAGGAGGAUUGGUGUAUUUGAUAUCCACUUCUGGACCUGCCUGUCUUAUAUACAGAAAGAAGGAGACUGGAGAUUUGUGAGCUUACCCUGUCUAUCUCCCUUUCCUCAACUCUCCCUCUGUCACAGAUACUGGGAUCAGUGGAACUCAGAGCCAGAUAACCACCAGUAAGGCAGGGGACAUGGAGAGGACUGCGCCACCUUAGACAGCCACUCAAAGACAUGGUUUGAUGUUCCUUGUGAUCACAGUUAUAGACGGAUCUGCCAUAUGGAUGCCAUUCGGCUCAACUGAAUCGUCCUACAACAGAAAAUAGUGCAGAACUGGAAAGUCUGAAAAUGACACACUUUCUGGGUUGUGACAGACAAUGCAAAAAUGAAUGGACACCAAAAGGUAAUUUUUGUGACAUGCAACAUAUGCACCCCCGACCGCAGGAUAAGCGGUUGACUACGGAUGGAUGGAUGGCAACAUAUGCUCAGGAGAGUUUUUUACUGAAGGUGUAGUUCAUGGAAAUCUGUGCAUUAUGUUGAGAUGUUACUUGCUGAAGGAAAUAAGUAUCAUGAAUGACAUGUACUCUGCAUACCUACUUUUAAGUAAAUCUAUAAUGAAAAACAUUACAUUAAAAGAAAAUAUAAAU